CUCGAUCUAUCAUUGCUUCGCUUAGCUGUUUCUUCUUUAUCUCAUCAGAAACAGCGUUUACUGAUGACAAGAGAAAGUAUGGAAGGGAGUUCAAAGAAGACUAGUCCAAGAAAUAAAGAAAAUCUAUUUCAUGUUAUUCACAAAGUUCCUGCUGGUGAUGGCCCUUAUGUUCGAGCUAAACAUGCUCAGCUAGUUCAAAAGGAUCCAGAAGCAGCUAUAGUGUUGUUCUGGAAGGCAAUAAAUGCGGGAGAUAGAGUAGAUAGUGCUUUAAAAGACAUGGCAGUGGUGAUGAAGCAACUCGAUAGAAGUGAAGAAGCCAUUGAAGCCAUCAAGUCUUUUAGACGUCUUUGCUCCAAACAAGCUCAGGAUUCUCUUGACAACGUCCUUAUUGACUUGUACAAGAAAUGUGGGAAAAUAGAUGAGCAGAUUGAGAUGAUAAAACGAAAGCUAAGACUUAUAUAUCAAGGAGAGGUUUUCCAUGGAAAACCUACAAAGACUGCACGCUCUCAUGGCAAGAAAUUUCAAGUUUCCGUCAAGCAAGAAACUUCGAGAUUACUGGGCAAUUUGGGUUGGGCGUACAUGCAGAAAUUAAACUACAUGGCAGCGGAGGUGGUGUAUCAGAAAGCUCAGAUGAUCGACCCAGAUGCCAAUAAGGCAUGCAACUUGGGCUUCUGCCUAAUGAAACAGGCCCGAUUCGAUGAAGCCCAGUCAGUUCUUCAACAUGUGUUAGAAGGCAGAGUUCCAGGAUCAGAGGAUUGCAAAGCAAGAAAGCGGGCUGAGGGAUUGUUACAAGAGCUGGAGUCAAGGCAACCGAUACCGGAUUUGUCGGAUGCUGUGGGUUUUAAUCUGGAUGAUGAUUUUGUGAAGGGGCUUGAACAAAUGAUAAAUGAAUGGGCUCCUUCUAGAUCCAAAAGGCUUCCCAUCUUUGAAGAGAUUUCUUCAUUUAGAGACCAGUUAGCAUGUUAAUUUACUUGUUAUUCUCUCUUUUUUAGUUUGGAGUGUGAGGUGAGGUGAGGUGAGGUGAGGUGAGGUGAGCUAGUAGCGUUUUCUCUCUUACUUCUUUAAUUUAAGUGUUCAUAAUCAUAAAUGUAUCCAAAUAAAUAUUUCU